CUGGUCUGAGGCUGAUCAGGAAGGAUCCGCUCGUCUUCUGCUCAUGUUGUGCGCCGGGUGGAGUUUGGCUACAGUCCGCAAGACAAAGACCGAUGAUGUGAUUGACCAGUGAAACUCUACUGUACCGGCGCUGGACACAACGUGACUGAAGGUCUGUGCAGAGCCCUUGGAUCUUCCCCCAGACAAGAGAAGCGCCUGCUGUGCCCAGUUGUUUUAUUGUUUACAUUUCUUUCACCAGCGGGAGGCUCUGCUCAAAUAGCAAAGGACAUCUGCAGCAAGGACCGGCCAUUAUUCCAUCGCAGCUGCUUGAAAGACUUGACUAUCCUUUUUCUGGAAUUGAAUUAGCAGAGUUUUGGGACCAGAUUUGAUUGCGAAAAUGUUGAAAUUAAUUAGUUUUGCCCAAGAUGGCAAUGCCAAAAUGGUCACUUGUACUGAUUCUCUAUUCAGUGUGAGGAGAAGCUCCAUCCCAUAGUUAUCUUGAUGAAGGCCUUUUUCUGACAAAAGAUAAGGGCCACUCGGGGCCAGGAGGUGAAGGACUGCUCUGCCUUCUGAUUUCAACUAUUUAAUAGAUUUCAUUGCUCACUGGACUUCAAGAUGGCAUUCUUCUUCAACCCCUUUGACAACUUGGUGUGCAUCCUGCUGGGCAUCUCGCUCACCGUGUGGUUCACCCUGCUGCUGGUCUUCAUUAUCGUGCCUGCCAUCUUUGGGGUGUCCUUCGGCAUCCGACGUUUUUACAUGAAAACCUUGUUAAAGAUUUUUGAGUGGGCCACACUUAGGAUAGAGAGAGGAGCCAAAGAAAAGAAUCACCACCUGUACAAACCCUACUCAAAUGCUAUCAUUGCCAAGGAGCCCACCUCUUUGGAGGAGGAGAUCAAGGAGAUCCGACGGAGCGGCAGUAACAGAGACUUGGACUCGGCCUCUGAGUUUGAGAUGUCUGACAUCUUCUAUUUUGCUCGCCGAGGAGUGGCAAGCAUCAUGGACGAUGAGGUGACCAAGCGGUUCACUGCUGAGGAGUUGGAGUCCUGGAAUCUGCUGACCCGCAGCAAUAACAACUUCCAGUACAUCAGCCUGAGGCUGACCGUCCUGUGGGGGUUGGGCCUGCUGAUCCGCUACGGCUUCCUGCUGCCUCUCAGGGUAACUCUUGCUGUCACUGGUGUGGGCCUCCUUGUGUUCCUUACCACUGUUGUUGGGCUGUUGCCGAACGGAAGGAUUAAAAACUUCCUGAGCCAGAAAGUCCAUCUGAUGUGCUACAGAAUAUGUGUCAGAGCUCUGACUGCCAUUAUAACUUACCAUGACAGUGAGAAUAAACCCAAGAAUGGAGGAAUCUGUGUCGCCAACCACACAUCGCCCAUUGAUGUCAUCAUCUUGGCCAGUGACGGCUGCUAUGCUAUGGUCGGCCAAAUUCACGGUGGCUUGAUGGGGGUCAUUCAGAGAUCCAUGGUCAAGGCCUGCCCGCACGUUUGGUUUGAACGCUCAGAAGUGAAAGACAGACAUCUAGUGGCCAAAAGAUUGAGUGAUCAUGUAGAAGAUAAAUCUAAACUGCCCAUUCUCAUUUUCCCAGAAGGUACCUGCAUUAACAACACAUCAGUAAUGAUGUUUAAGAAGGGCAGCUUUGAGAUUGGUGCCACAGUCUACCCUGUGGCCAUUAAGUAUGAUCCCAGAUUUGGAGACGCUUUCUGGAAUAGCAGCAAGUUUGGAAUGGUCAACUACCUGUUACGUAUGAUGAGCAGCUGGGCCAUCGUCUGCAGUGUGUGGUACCUCCCUCCCAUGUCUAGAGAGGAGGGUGAGGAUGCUGUACAGUUUGCCAAUCGUGUAAAGGCAGCCAUAGCCAGGCAAGGCGGACUGGUCGACCUCCUGUGGGAUGGAGGACUGAAGCGAGGAAAGGUAAAAGAUACCUUUAAAGAAGAGCAGCAGAAGCUGUACAGUAAAAUGCUGGUGGGCACCCAAGAGGACCGCAGUCGCUCCUGAAGGACCUGUGUGGAGGUGGACUGGCUCAGAGACCCACUUGGGAACCUCUUGACUAAAUAUGUAGUCAGCCGAGCUCCCUCUCUGUUGGAGCUCCUGGACUGGAAAAUUCCCUCUCUGAUGUCAACAGUACUCCAUUUGGCUUCCUCGGUCACUGCCUCAGCCUGGCAUGUUCAGUUUGCAUCGCUGUUACGGGUCAUUCUGAGUCUGCUGCCCUUUGUCGGAAUAGCUUGACUGGAACCUUUCUUGCAUUAGAAUGAAAGUAAGGUGCGCACAGAAAAGGAGCAUUGUCUUCCUAGGUGGCAGUCUUUUGAGAGAAAACUUUUAUAUUAUCUAUUGUUGAGUUCUUGUCUUUGAUAGUUUCAACUUUUUAAUUUUCACUUUACUGUCAUGUUUGUAUCACACUGUGUUAAAGUUACAGACUCGAUUAUACAUGGGACAUAGACGAGACUUAUUUUAGAUGAGAAGUAGUUUGUUCUAAAGCUAAAACCUGUAACUGAGUUUGGGUUUUGCAUGACUGGCUUGUGCCCAUGACUUAGGACAUACAGACAGAUUUUGUUACAUUUCAGAUAUUUUUAUGGGCUUUUUUCAAGAGAAAAAAACUUUUACGCUUUGUGUUUUACAUUAAGACUUGUAUGAACACAUGUGGUCACUAUAGGACCCACGUUGCAGACCUCUUGAUAUGUUGUCUGUUCCUGUGUUUUUUCCAUGGAAUGUGUAAAAUCCUCACAUUAUGAAAUGGAUAUUGUGCACCCACAGUUACUCUGAAUGAGGUUUAUGGAUUGAGGCAGAUAUUUCUGUUUCAGCUAAUAAUGCAGCUUAACUGGAAUAAAAGGGUUUAUAGUCCAUUCAUUAAGAAUAUAUUUGGGAUCCGUUUUAAGGCCCCCGUGGCACACAUGUAGUAACGAAAGAUAAUGAACAUCACAAUUUGUCUCCUGACUAAAACAUAGUUAUGACAAUUAGCUGAUACAUAUUUAUACUAAUACACAUUUGUCAUUGGCUUCCUGCUUGUGCAGUGACCAUCUUGCCUAAUUUAUCUUAAGUGAACUCUGAAAGCUAUUUAUCUUUCUCCUACUUGCCCGAUUCCAGGAGGUUUCAAGGAGAGAGAGUGCAGAUGUAGUCUGGACACCCCGUUAAGGCUGGAGUUGAGGAACACAGUGGACGGUCUGAGGGGUUUCUCCCCAAGGCUCUCAUGUCUCUAGUUUGCUGUUAUCAGGGAUAGUCAUUUAGACUGUGUCAAAUCUGUUCAUCAAAAUAAAUGUUCAAGAAUGUGA